CCCGGGUGAUGGGCGAGUGUUCACCGGGAAGGUGGACAAGGACGGCAGGCCGGCGGCUGGCCCAGGCAAGAUGACCUGGCCCGAAAACAAGGAUGCGCACGGGAGGAAAGAGUACAAGGGAAAUUUCAGCGACGGCGAAAUUGCCGGCGACGGCAAGAUGGUGUGGUGGGAUGGGUUGGAGUUUGACGGGAACUUCGAGGACGGCAAGCCGCACGGCAAGGGGACGAUGAGCAUGCGGGAUCCGAAAAAUGGGGAGCGGAAGCAGCAGGGGAACGACUGGAAGUAUGAAACGACAGGCAGUUACGUAGGCCACCAGAAUGGAGAAAAGAAGUAUGGCCCCGGCUUACACAAGGGGAACGGUGGCAGUGUCACAAAGUUGUCGUACCCCGGCUUACACAAGUGGUCGUACCAGGGACAGUUCUGGGACGACAAGGCGGACGGCGAGGGCGAGUGCCGCUGGGCGAAUGACCAGGGCCAGUUGAUCGCCUCGUACAAGGGACAGUGGAAGGACGGCAAGUUUGACGGCCAGGGCAAGCACGAACUUUUGGAUGGCACCAAGUACGAGGGGCAGUGGAAGGACGACAAGUAUCACGGCCUGGGCGAACUCAUAUGGCCCCCCCACAACGCGGAAAACUUAGACAAGUAUAAUGGACAGUGGGCGAAUGGCGACAUCAGCGGCAUGGCGGGCACGCUCACGUGUAGGGAUACGACCGAGCACACGGGAGAAUGGCGUUACACACGAAGCGUGGCAAGUUUUGGCAAGUUCCGUUUGGGAUUGCAUGAUGGCACUCGUUUCGUUGGAUACCUCGACUCGCUCUGCAAGAAGCCCGCUUCUUCGCAGUGAGUCUUGCGCAGCAAGACUGUCCUCAAACUCGAAGGCAAGCAGAUGAUCCGACGAGAAGGCCAGUGCGCCAGCACUUGAUGCGCGUUGCCGAUGAACAGCGGGGACCGACGCCGCCUCAGCCUGUUCAGUCAUCUCAGAGUGGUGUCCACCUGUUUCUCUUGCGAAGAAAAAUAGAAAAAGGUUGUUUGGAUCAACAGCAGCGUCACAAACCCAUGCUGUAUAAAAAAGGUUCUUACAUAGGAAAGCUGUAGGCAUUCGCAGCUAGUAGUAGUACCAGAAAGCAUAUGCGGAGAGAUUGUUCUCAUUAUAAUCAAGAUCUGCUUUUCCAUUUUUUUUUUCUACAUCAAAAUCAAUGUUUAAGAUUUUACUUUUUUUUUUCCCUGUUUUUUUGAGCUUCGACACCAACAAGAAAACGCGCGUUUUUUAGCCAGCAAGGUCUGGUGGCAAACUGUUGAAAAACACAUUUCCAGCCACUUGCCCGCAGGAACUCAAUUAGCACGCACAACAGUCACUCGCUCGUCUAAAGAAGCGGGCACACGAGAAUUGCUUUUCUUUUUUGGGUAUUGUAGUGCUACAUCAACACUUACACUUCGGC